AUGAAAAGUCAAUCUUGGAUCAAAGAUUUAGCAUUUGCAGUGGAUAUUACCACACAUAUGAACGACCUUAAUUUAGAAUUGCAGGGCAAAGACAAGCUCAUAACUCAGUUGUCAGAUCAUAUCAAGUGUUCUAUUUCGAAAAUAAAAUUAUGGAAGUUUCAGCUAUUACAUAUCAUUUUAGUACUGUGCAUUGCGCUUACAAUAAAGCUUACCAUUAAACCUUACGCACGUGGAUUCUUCUGUGAUGACCAAAGUCUAAAAUACCCUUACAAACCUUCUUCCAUCAAAUAUUCACUCCUUCUUUCAUGCGGGGCGCUCAUAAAUAUUUUUUUACUUUGCUAUAAUUUAUUGAAGUUAUAUACUGGUCGUCUUAGGCCUAAUUUUGUGAGCGUGUGUUCGCCUGAUUACACGAAAAUGAAUUGUUCUGAAUACGUUCAGAAUAUUGUUUGUCUCAAUUCUGAUAUUGACAAUAUCAACAGUUCUAGGUUUUUGUUUUUCGACAAAAAUUUCAGAGUUUCAUUUCCCUCAGGUCAUAUGGCAUCGGCCUCGUAUUAUUUAUACCGCAGAAUUCCCCAAAAUCAAAAUUAUUUUAUUCGGGCAUUGAUAAUGGUUGUACAGUUUCUGCUCUUUUUGGGAGCAGUUUGUGUUGGAAUAUCACGUGUUAAUGACAAUAAACAUCACCCUUCUGACGUAUUGGCUGGUUUUCUUUUAGGGGUCUUUGGGGCGUAUUUUACUGUUCUGAAUUCUAUUUUAUGUUUAGAUUAA